AUGGACGGAGUGGAAAUCGAAUCGGCCACAAAACCUAACUCUCAGCCCUCUCCACGUAGCUCUUACGCCAAUGGAGACUUCAGAGUAGCACAAGUGGCGCAGGAUGAGGAAAUUGCACGUUUUAUGCAGAAGCAAGAAAUCAAGUCAAAACGAAGAUCUCGUGAGUUGGAAGGGCCAGCCUCAUGGCGCGAGCACAAAGCGAUGAUCAAUCAUCAUGACAGAAGAGUGGCAAGAGAGAGACAGGUCCGAGAGCGACUUGACUCAGAAGGCCUUCCUUCCCCCACUGAGGACUGUUCCCCGGAGAAUCAGCCACCCAGCCCCACCUCCACAAUACUACAAUCCCAGCAGAUCAGGAACAUUGCGGAGGAGCUGGACCCGACCUUCCAGGCCAGGAGGCAAGGCACAGAAAACCUUCAAGUGGAACAAACAGGUCUAACCUGUCAGUCACUUCCCAUGUCGCAUUCUGGGUUACAUGACUUCUUUGAAGAGCCUACUUUCAUACCGCCCACAAAGCGUCAAACGGACAAAGUGGGACGCGCCAAACCCAAAGAAAAGAAGGAAAAUUGCAAGCAACAAUAAUCUUCAACACUGUGUCCUGCUGGAGUGCAAACAUACACAUUUUAUAACACUAAAUAUCAGUUCAGCUACAGUCCUCAUAACUUAGUACUUAUAGGUUGAAAAUGACAAGAAUUAACGUCUUUCUACCAGUCGCCUCUACUAGCACUUUAGACCAGUGGAACAAGAGAAAACAUUUAGAGAAGUUGCAUAUUAGAGUACUUGUCCAUCAGGUAUAUAAUGACAACACUUUGGACUGAUGCCUUUAUUAUUUUCAAAGGGAAUUCUGCGGUUUAUUGAGGUAUUGUUUGAAUUCUUCAGUGUUGAUGAGUGUUUAAUUUAAGCGGUAUACCUUUUUUUAUUAUGUUUGUAACAUUUAUCUGUCUGUAUUUAGUUAAGUUUACUGUCAGCAUCCAAAAUGUCAUGUUUGUUCAUAUUUGUUUAAAAACCUGCCAGAAUUUCUGCACACCUGGAGUUUUUCUUUUCAAAUUCUGCUUAAAAACUUGUUCUACAACAAAAAACACUAAAAGAACAUAACCAAGAUAACCAUUAGACAUUGCCGUAGUAUCAGUACAGCAUUGUCUAAAUGCGGAAUAACAUUAUGUUGCUUUUUUAUUUUAUUUUUGUAUGUACUCUGAAUUGUACUCAUACACUGCUUAGGUUGAGGGAGAUCAAUUCUAGUUAGGUGUUUUCUUGUAGACAGACUUUUAUAAAGCUGGGAAAGCUGCACUCAUGAAAAUCAUUGUGGCAAGAGUGUUAGGCUUUACUGUUUUUUGAUGUAGGCUACUGAUAUGUCAUCCACAGUUGUCAUGAACCCAUGUCGAAACAAAAAGAUUUCACAAGAACUUGUGAUAAACCUUGAACCCGAGUAACGUAUUUCAGUCAAGUUGCAUCCACAGUGUCUGCCAACUUUGUUUCAAAGCAGUUUGGCAGGACUACAGUCAUGUUUACAAUGCUACAAUGACAAUCAAAUUAACUUAUUUAAAUUACCAGGAAAUGAACAUCAUAUUUUUUGCUAAACUAAUUACAACAACAUUAAGUCAUAUCUUAAUUAAUAUAUAACCAACUUGGUGACAAUACAUUAUAUGAAACAAUGGUCCACUUACCAGCUUUUCAUAGCUUUCAACCGCAACUAAAGGUCAUUCACAUGCAACACCAAAGAACAUUUUGGAACAAGUCAUGUCUUAGUUAAGUCACAAGAUGGCAUCUGAUUCAGCUCCUUUCGCUGAGUGAAGACUAGUAAGUGGACCUUUUAAGCUUUGAUUAUUUUGUUACACACUAUUCAACUCUGUUCUUGUAUAUUUUGCUAGCUAGGUUUUCAUCAGUCCAGAGCCAAUUAUGAAAACCAGAUAACAUUAAUAAUACAGAACCUUUGCUCUAACUACAGGGGUUUCAUUAGAUUUUUACAGGCAUGUAACCAUUCAGUGGUUUCUGUUUUUAUGUAUGUUUAUAUUACUUUCAGGUUUAAAACCCUCCUUUUGUUGCGGUUGUUUUGUUUUUGUUUUUUACAAAUGUAAUAUGCCACUUUUUAGGUGGAUCACUAUGAAUGCAACUGUUCUGUAAAAAAGUGCU